AUGCCUUGUUUCCAUGAUAAACUUGUGCCGACAAGACUUGUUGCGCCCAGAUCUCCAGUUAUGUAUCUAACACCUGAAGCCUCUCUGGAUGAAACUGUCGUGGCUCCGGCUUUCGAAUUUAAUAUUCCUGGCAUGGCAAUUCAACAGGGAAUGAAUGAAUAUUAUCCUCACUACAUAUAUAAUGGUUCAAGCAAUUAUGGUUUUAAUGGUUGGUUUGAUCAGUCGGAACCAUCUCCCAUGGAAGGAGGAUUCCCUCUUUCUGGAUAUGUACCUAUGGAAGAUACUAUGCCAAGCUGGUCAUUUGGACCAACAGUAAACGAAAUUGGUCAGGUUGACCCCUACAUGUAUCAAGCAGCUCCAGUUUCUCCUUACUCUGAAUGGAGUGGAAAUCAGGUUCCUGUUUGGCAAAACAAAGAAAGGUGCGAGUCAAUUCCUCCUACCUUUUCCAUGAAAGCUGCAGCAGCUUCUGCAAAGCCCUUCUACCCAAACCAAGAAAGAGUGCCUCCAAAACAAGAAGAGAAUCUAAAUGACGGAGGCUUGCCUCUAAGAUCUGAUAUGGAGGUCUGUCCAUUCUAUGGUCACUACGGGGUUUGCAAGGAGGGGCCAGCAUGCACUUUCAAACAUCCAACAAAUCUGGGCAAGACUGUUCCUCCAGCUGGAUCUGAAGAGGCUCCGGUCUCUGCUGAUGGAAUUCAAGAAGCUCGGGUUCCUCCUUCUGGAUCCCAACAAGCUCACCAACCCCAGCUUCCGGAUCUGAACAGUACUCAAGAUAAAAACUGA